GUUGCAUUCCACGACAUUUAAAAUGACCUGAAAUGCAUACGGGCGCUCAUCGGGGCUGCCCUCUGGGACUUUGCGUCGCGCGCUGACGCAUGGUAGUAGGACCCGGAUGGAAGGAGGCGAACAGAAGCUCGAGGUUUCAAAAUGACCUUUAAUUUCACAAACCCAUCUGGAGGCUUCUCAUUUGCAACACAGAAGACUACUGCAGGUGGCACAGGUGGAUUUUCCUUUGGCACCAAUGCUGGAGGUUCUCAAGGCAGCUUUGGCUUUUCAACAGCUCAGCAGUCAGCAGCCACGGUGGCUGCCACCACCUCGGCCCCAAAUGCCAGUAUGUUCUCAUUCGCUACGCCAAAUGUAGCGGCAACUUCAUCCACUGGUUUUAGCUUUCCAGCACAACCAGCAACAACCACCACAGGUGGAAACUUCUUACUCGGAAUGAAUAAAACCAAUUUAUCAUUUGGCAUUGCAACAACCCAACCAGCCUCUGGCUUCUUUGGUUGCACACCAUCCACAAGUGCUGCAGUUGCAGCCACCUCUACCGGCACUGCCACCACCUCUGCCUUCUCACUAUCCUCCGGACCGGCUACCCAGACCUUGGCUCCAACUGGCUUCAAUUUUGGCAACGCCUCAGCUCAGCCAGCUACCGUGGGAUUUGGUGCUGUUGCUUGCUCCACAGCCACAGCCCAGACAACAGCUUCCACUGGAUUUGGAUUUACCACUACUCCAGUGGCUUCAACCCAGACAACCACAGCAGGGGGAUUUGGCUUUGCAACCAACACAACACCAGCAAUUGGUGGGUUCAGGUUUGGAACUCCAGCAAGUACUACAGCAGCCCCUAAGCCAGCAGCACCAGGCUCUCUUGGAGCACCUACAACAGGUUUUUCUUUUGGUGCACCUACAGCCGUAUCAAGUGCAGCCACAUCAGCUUUAACUGCACAAAGUCUUCCUUUUGGUGCAAAGCCAGCAGGUUUGACCACAGGACCUUCAACUUGUUCAUCUUCAGCAGGGCCAUCUCUGUUUGCUUCAGUGGUGAGCUCAGAACCUUCCACCUCUACCGUGACUAGUGGAUUUACAUUGACCAGCAAUGCUACUUCAGUUCCAGCUGCCUCGACAUCUUCUACUCCAUUUGGGUUUAAGCCAACAGGUACAGCCUUGCCUCUGACUACAGCUACAACCUUGGCUUCUAGCACCCCUGCUGCUGCUGCGACAACCACUGGAUUUUCAUUGGGCCUGAAGACACCAGUAAGUUUCUCUAUGACAGCAGGUCCAUCUGGGACAACUGCAAGUGUGAGUAGUACUGCAACAGUUAGCACCACGACUUUUUGCACCACUGCAACUACCAGUGCAUCCACCAGCAGUGCUGCUGUUACAACCAGUGCCUCUCCAGUUAUGUCGUAUGCUCAGCUGGAAAGUCUGAUCAACAAGUGGAGUGUGGAGCUGGAGGAACAGGAGAAACAAUUCCUACACCAGGCCACACAAGUCAAUGCUUGGGAUCGAAUGCUGAUUGAAAAUGGAGAAAAGAUCACUGCUUUACACCGAGAGGCAGAGAAGGUGAAACUGGAUCAGAAGAGGUUGGACCAAGAACUUGACUUCAUUUUGUCUCAGCAAAAGGAACUGGAAGAUCUGCUAGCUCCGCUGGAAGAGUCAGUCAGGGACCAUCACGGCACUAUUUACUUGCAACAUGCAGAUGAAGAGCGAGAGCACACAUACAAGUUGGCAGAGAAUAUUGAUGCUCAAUUGAAGAGGAUGGCCCAGGAUCUGAAGGAAAUUAUCCAACAUCUGAACACCAGCAACAGCUCUUCUGAAGUCAGUGAUCCGUUGCAACAAAUCUGCAAAAUUCUUAAUGCCCACAUGGAUUCACUGCAGUGGAUUGACCAGAGUUCAGUCUUGCUGCAGAAGAAAGUGGAGGAUGUCUCGAAGCAAUUUGAAUUGCGACGGAAGGAGCAGGAACGAAACUACAGAAUUACAUUUGACUAGACACUGAUAUUUCACUUACUGUAAACACCUGUACCUUUUUAUCAGCUUUUUUAAAAUAAAGAAUGUGAUUGUCACUUCA